AGGAAAGUAUUGGUGUAGGGACGUAGGAGACGGGGUGGGGAGCGGUACUUUAAGUCAUCAGUAACAUUCAGAUCCUGCCAGUAUGUUGAUCCCUCUCCCCCCACUUUUCCUGUCUCUCUCUGGCCCGCCGUCUCCGUGUGCUGUUCGUUGUACAUCAGUGUGACUCGUUCACAAGGAUGAUGAGAGCGCAUGCUGAAUGAGGGAGCUUGUCCACCUGGCUGCCUACAUGUCUGUGUCUGGGAGGAGGAUAGCUUGAAUGGGUCCAGUGCCACCCUCCCUCCUCUCCUCAUCUUCUCCCUCCGUCUCUCUGCUUCAGUGGCUGACUAAGCUUCUCUCGUCUGUCUCCAGCUCUCCAUUUGGCCUCCAUGAGUUUAAUUGAGAACAAGUCAUCCCUCCCAGGAAGAUGGGAAAUGCUUCAAACACAUCCUCGAUGUUUGCCUCCACCAUCUCCAAAGAGCACGACAUCAUGAUGGGUUCCCUGUACAGCGUCUUCUGUAUACUGUCCUUCGUGGGUAACUGCCUCCUGCUGCUGGUUGCCUACCACAAGAGAUCCAGUCUGAAACCAGCAGAGUUCUUCAUCAUCAACCUCUCCAUCAGUGACCUUGGGAUGACCCUCACUUUGUUUCCAUUAGCAAUUCCAUCAGCUUUAUCACAUAGGUGGCUGUUUGGAGACAUCACCUGCCAGCUCUAUGCCAUGUGUGGAGUUUUAUUUGGCCUGUGCAGCUUGACAAACAUCACGGCCCUCUCCUUUGUGUGCUGCCUUAAAGUCUGUUUCCCUAACUGUGGGAACAAGUUUUCCUCCUCACAUGCCCGCCUCCUGGUGGCUGGAGUCUGGUGCUACGCUUCUGUGUUUGCCUUGGGACCUUUGGCUCAGUGGGGGCACUACAGCGCUGAACCCUACGGCACAGCCUGCUGCAUUGACUGGCAUGCACCCAAUCACCAGCUUUCAGCUUUGUCUUACAUUGUCUGCCUUUUUGUCUUCUGCUACGCGCUGCCCUGCACCAUCAUCUUCUUCUCCUAUGUGUUCAUUCUGCUGACGGUGCGGGGGUCACGUCAGGCCGUUCAGCAGCAUGUGUCACCACAGACCAAGACCACCAACGCACACGCUCUCAUUGCGAAGAUGUCAAUCGCAGUGUGUAUAGGUUUCCUUGGUGCCUGGACCCCUUAUGCUGCCGUGGCCAUUUGGGCUGCUUUAGGAGAUGCUACACGGGUCCCUCCUGCUGCAUUUGCCCUUGCCGCCAUCUUUGCCAAGUCUUCUACACUCUACAACCCAAUGGUUUUUCUGCUGUGCAAACCCAACUUUCGUGAGUGUUUAUACAAGGACACAACUAUGUUGCGACAGAGGAUUUACAGAGGUAGUCCUCAGCUGCAAGAGCAUUUUGGCCUCAACUCACAACGCAAUAAGGACACUGAUGCCUCCACGAGAUUCUCAAAUGGUCAGCAGGAGAACUACGGAGCAUUUCUGAACUGCGCCGAGAACACGGCUCUGUGUCAAGUUCCUGAACCCCAAAAGACAGCGUGCAUCCUGACAGGAUCCACAAGCACAGAGGUGACAGUUAGCCCACUCUCAGCCAAUCCACAACUGAAUUUCCUCUAACGGAGCAUUCUGUAAAACAAAACAGGACACAAAGUGAAAGAGACAGAGAAAGUGUGAUUCACUCAGACACCAUGGCAACACCACAUGGCUGCACCAACCAUCUGGAAUCUUUUCUGAGAAUCUAAAAUGACCCUUUCACUGUAAAAAAUCUGUGAUUCAAGACAAUCUGCAAUGCUUUGCCUUCACCUGAGAACAUUUACAACAUUAAUUUCUGCAUGAGCUUUUUUUAAUUCAAUUAGCCUCUAAAAUAGAAGAGGAAGAAGUCCAAACACCUUGGCUGUGUCAGAGUUAGUCUGAACAACGACGUUAAACAUUUCACUGGUGAAAGAAAAGGAAAUUAUGGAAAAGUAAACAGAAUUUCUGUGAAGGUUUGCAAAGACAUGAUCCUUAUCACAUACCCAAAGCACUUGUGUCACUGCAGUAACUGUGUAACACUUUGCCCUGCAGGACUCAGCGGUGCCUGUAGGAAUGCUUCCUGAUCACCACUGGGACUUGUUAUAACAGAGACACAAUCUCAGUCUGGCGGCUGGCGUGAAACUGAUCCAAAAUACUAUAUAUAAUAAUCACUUCAGCGUCAGCUAUAUGGGAUGAGCAUUUGAUGAUAAAUAGAAAGAAUUAAUGAAGAACUUGCUAUACUAAGAGACUCAGCUGGACGAUGUAAAGAGGAUCCAUUUGGUUUCGAUUAGCUUGUGUGGGGUAUGUAUUUCUUUCUUUGAAGGUGUAGUUCACUGAAAAACCAUUUUUAAUGAUUGUUUCUGAUUAUAAUCAGUCACUGUUUUUUUCAUGCAGGCAGAACAUGAAAAUAGUCUUACACACCUAUCUCCUGCAUUACCUUCUGAUGGAAAAUAGUUGGUGAAACUCUAGGAUUUGAGAAUCCUGGCAGAUCUACGUCACGCUGUCACGCAUGGGCUCGCACAUCUUUACUCGUGAUGGGGAAGGCUGUUGUUGGUUUAGCACCCAGAAAACAGCAAAGUGAAUGCUAACUGUUAGCAUUAGCAACUCCACCACAGAAAAACUCCCCCAGGCUUGUGUUAUUUGUGAAGAUAAAACAUCCACAUAGCAAGUCAGAGGUAGAGUCAUGUUGCUGAUAUCCAAUCUAAGGAAAGAUGUCAAAAUAUCAGGAAAUAAAAGUCUAAAACCUGACGUGAAGCUGCUUUCUCCCCUGGCUGACUUGUACUUCCUGAUUCGGGUGCAACUGAGAUUUUAUUCCUCCAAGUACGAGUUGCAAGGCAUUCAUUUCUACUGCAAAUGUAUUGACUAAAUGAGUUUCCCACAUCUUUAAUGACUGCUCUGUUCAAACUGCCUUAAUUUAUUAGUCAUUAAUUUUUACGAAAAGCAUGCACUCAGUAAAACAAACAACACCCAAUCCAGAACCUAGAACCAAAAGAUGCUCUACUGUAUGUUUACAUAUUAAAAUAUAUACAAAAUAAAAACAAAAACAUAUACAUUAAAGGAUUAGCAUGAUAAUCCAUAAAGCUAAAGCAGGAUUUCUCAAAUAAAAAAAUAUUUAACUCAGUGAAGUGCUAAAUGUUUUUAACUGAAGCUACUGACUCAGAUCUCACGGGAACAUUAUUCUGUAGCUACUUUUGAUUUCUUUUCAUCCAAUCUUCCUGCUAGCUAAAACUCCUUGAUGAUUUUCAGUUGCAGCAACAACCCUAUGUGGUUCUGAAUGUGAAUCAGUAAAUGAGUUUUCUACUAAACUCAUGAAUGUUGUCGAAUAAUCCUGCUCCCGUUAAUGUGCUGUGUGGCUUCAUGUGCAUGUGAAUAACUUCGACAUAUACCUAUAGGUGAAUAAGAACACUUAACAUGACCAAAACUAAAUUCCCAGGAGUCUUGUUCAAUAAAGUCAUGAAAAUAUUCAAUUGUUGGUUUUUUCUUUAAACAUUUUAAUCUGAAGUCUCGCCAAGUCACGACCUCACCAGAAGCAGUGACGUUUACAGAAACCAUGUUCGUCUC